AUUUUCAUCCCUAGUAACAUCAGAUGCUACUUUUGCCCUCCAAGUCCAAGUCCAAGUCCAAGUCCAAGUCGUCCUUCUCCUUCCACUAGCUAGCAGAAUGCUAGCUUGCCGUGAGAUUUUUUAUUGUUUUUUUGUUUUCUUCUGGCGCGCGCUAGCUGUUACAGUCUCUCAGCAUAAAUUAAUUAAACUAGUAUAUGUAGACACUCACAGCACACAGGAAAGCACACUAUCUUCUGUCUCCAUAAACAAGACCUGCAGCGAUGUGCUCCACUGCAGUGCUGCUAGUUCGCACAUGCGUUGUGCUUGUGUGUUUGGCCGCCAUGGCGCGAGCGCCGGCCAAGGUCCAUGCUGCCGCCGGCACCGGGACCAAGGCCUCCCUGUCGCCGUGCCCCUCUCGCUGCGGGGAUGUCGAAAUCUCGUACCCGUUCGGGAUAGGGCUGGGCUGCUUCCGUCAAGGCUUCGAGCUCACCUGCGAUCAAACAGCUCCUUCUCCCAGGCUCUUCUUCGUGUCGGGGAACAGCUCGAUCCAGGUGACUUCUCUAUAUGUCGGCAACAGUGCGGUUUUAGCUUCAGCUGUUGGGUUCAACGUCACCAUGAACGCAGGCGUCGACACCUACACCAAGUCUUGGGAGGCCCCUACUGCCACUGGUGUCAGUUUUUAUGCAGAUAAUAAUUAUCUGUACACUGUUGGAUGUGGUGUCUACGUCUACGUGUUCGGUGAUAACAGAGAGAUCAUGGAGAGCGCAAACACUGGUUCUGGUGUCUGUGAAGGGUUAGGCUGCUGCAGCAUUCCAAUGCGUGGCGGCCAAGGCUUCACUCUCAAACUAGGUCGCCUCAAUAGUACCAUUCCACAGUUCGGUGAAGCGCUCUCCAGUGUUAAGAUUAUCGUUUCCCAAAACUAUGAAUUUGUUACUGAUGAUGUUUAUGCAAGUUGGGUGAAUACAAGCAAUGUUCAGGGCAUGCUACUUGACAUUGCAAUCACGGACCAACCAAACUGCGCGAGUGCCCAGUCCCAAGAGAACAAGGAUACCUACGCAUGUACUAGUGAAAGCAUCUGCAACGACGUUCUACCACCAGUAGUAUCUCAAGGAGGCUACAGUUGCUUCUGCCCUGGUCAAAUAGAGGGCAACCCCUAUAUUGAAGAUGGCUGCAUAGCAUAUUACAACCCAGAGGCACCGAGUAUUAGGAACUGUACGAGAUUAUGUGGAAACAUAAGCGUUCCAUUUCCUUUUGGGAUCGAAGAAGGCUGUUACGCAAAUGAUAACCUACGACUCAACUGCACAAUUAACGACACUACUCUUAUUCUUGAUCGAGGGUACGCACAGUAUCGUGUGACCAAUUUGUCACUUGAUGAUGGGCUUCUGAUGGUUACAAACAUGUUGAAUGACACAAGCUCCAAAAAUGUGGAGAGAAUAAUCAUCACUAGUAACUAUGACAAUUACCAGGAGGUUAUGGAUGGUAAUUAUGAUUUCUCUCAGGAGGAUACAGCAAUAAAAUGGGUUAUAUCAAACAUAACUUGUCAGAAAGCAAUGCAAAAUAAUGCUACAUAUGCGUGCGUAAGUGACAACAGUAUAUGCAAAGAUGUCAUGCGAGGGAAUAUACGUGACGGGUACCGCUGCAAGUGUUCCGAUGGCUUCCAAGGAAACCCAUACCUUCAUAAUAACUGUACAGAUAUUGAUGAGUGCCUUAUUCCAAAUAAAUGCAAUGGAAUAUGCUACAAUUUUGAUGGAGGCUUCAAUUGUACAAGUUGCCCUCAUGGGAAAGAGUAUGAUCCAAAAAAUCAUAAAUGUGUCAUGUCAGCUAAGCAGCGUAUUCUAAUUUUUGGGAUUGUAAUUGGGCUUGUUUGUGGUCUUGGAUCCAUAAGUUUUGCACUUGGUGCAAUUGUACUCACUGGUAAGUGGAAAAAAGGCAUCCAAAGGAGAAUUCGAAGAGAGUACUUCAAGAAAAAUCAAGGUCUACUCUUGGAGCAACUAAUAUCGAAUGAAAAUGCUACAACCAAAACAAAGAUAUUCACUUUGGAUGAACUAGAGGAAGCAACCAACAAGUUUGAUGCUACUCGUGUUCUAGGUCAUGGUGGGCAUGGCACUGUUUACAAAGGGAUUUUGUCUGAUCAGCGUGUCGUGGCCAUAAAAAAAUCUAAAAUAGUGGAGCAAAUAGAGAUAGAUCAGUUCAUCAAUGAGGUUGCUAUUUUAUCUCAAAUCAUUCACCGCAAUGUGGUGAAGCUUUUUGGUUGUUGCCUAGAAGAUGAGGUACCCUUGCUAGUCUAUGAGUUCAUAUCAAAUGGCACUUUGUAUGACAUUCUUCAUGAAAAUAUUGCAACAAAAUGCUUGUUCUCAUGGGAUGAUCGAAUUAGGAUUGCAACGGAAGCAUCAGGAGCACUUGCUUAUCUACACUCAGCUGCUGCAAUACCAAUUUUCCAUAGAGAUGUGAAGUCUUCUAAUAUACUCUUGGACGACAACUUCACUGUAAAGGUUUCAGAUUUUGGUGCUUCAAGAUCUCUAUCCCUUGAUGAAACACAUGUGGUGACAAUUGUCCAAGGAACAUUCGGUUAUUUAGAUCCAGAGUAUUAUUAUACUGGUUCUCUAACUGAGAAGAGUGAUGUGUAUAGUUUUGGAGUGAUACUUGUGGAACUUUUGACAAGAAAGAAACCAAUUUUUAUCAAUGAAUCGGGUGCCAAACAAAACUUAUCUCAUUACUUCAUUGAAGGACUACAGGAAGGGACUCUCAUGGAAAUAAUAGAUUCUCAAGUUGUGGAAGAGGCAGACCAAGAAGAGAUUAACGAUAUCUCCUCACUUAUAGAAACAUGCUUAAGAUCCAAAGGAGGGCAUAGACCAAGCAUGAAAGAAGUAGAUAUGAGAUUGCAAUGUCUAAGAACAAAGAGGCUACGGAAUAAAACACAUCUUUUGAUUGAAAAGGGUGGAGAAAUGGAACCUUUGUUAUGCGCAGAAGCUCAGCACCCACAUGAACGUAUCAAUCCAAUUUAUAAUGAGGAACAUUUAACAAUUCCAAUGAUGUCUGGGUGCUACAGUUUGGAGCAAGAACUUGCGGCAGCAUCUAGUAUGGUUCGCUAACUUGGUAUUUGCUUGGAUGUUGGACACAUCUAUAGUAACCAUCUAUUUUUAGAGAGGAACUAUAUGGUAUAUUUUGUUCCCUUCACAUAAGACUAUGGUAUAUAUGGUGCGUAUAUCUAUAUAAUAUAUAUGACAUUGCUAUGUUUACAUAUAAUGUAAUUUUCCGUAUUUCAAACUGUAAUGCGUUUUAGUUUUGUUUUGAUUACAAAUUUGGUACUCUAAUUGUAAUAGUUUCUAAAACCAAUCAUAAUAUAUAGUUGUAAUACACUUGAGAUUUGGAAUU